AUGGGAAGGCGAUUUUUGACGCCGCGUUAUCAAGCGUCAAGCCCUCGCGACUUCAUUGCGCUGGCUGCAUUAUCGCACCUGGAAAAGAUGUAUCAGAAGUCAGGCUUUGAAAGUGUAUUCUAUGGAACACGCUUUGAUCUGCACCUUCCCACUGCUGUUGAAUGCUUGUCUGACAUAUUGCUGGACUCGCUGUUGAGUAUCAAGUGCCUGGAAGAAGUGGACUGGAAGACGCUGCUAGCCUAUGACAGCCAAGUGUUCGGAUUUCCAAGGCAUGCAUUCUUGUCCAAAUGGCUUUGUGCACAGGGUAGUCACACACUCGUGACCUUCAGCAAUGAAGGUUCAGUCGUUGGCUAUGUAGUCGUCAGACCCACUUUCAUCAAACAAGAUGGUUUCAAAAUUGGGCCUCUCUUUGCUGAUUCAGAACCAAUCGCCGAGAUGUUAUUGAAAACAGUGUUUAAAAGCGUGUUUUUUCAGCAAGGAGCAGCAACAACCAGUACCAGUCGUUUGUAUUGACACCUUCUCAGAAAAAGGAAAACAGCUUGCUUUAAGGCUACAAGGAAAAAUCGCUUUUAAUCUGGCGUACAUGACUACAAAAGGAGUUGUUCCCAAGGCGUGUUUUGAUAAGUGGUUUGGUGCAACGACGAUUGAAAUUGGUUAA